UGAAUAACAAAGCUGUAGUAACUAAAUCUUCUCACACCACCUCAAGUAAAGAAACAAUAAAGAAAUUUGCACAGAAUUGCUGUAAAUUUGAGAAAUGGUCUCUUUGAAAGGGAAAGCUAAAGAACGUUAUAACUAGUGUGAUCUACGCGAAAUUUUUAUUGAAGAAAAGCGCUUGAUUCGGUCCGAUCCUUCCAACAGCGAAAUGUCUAAAAAGAAGGCUGAAGAGAGCGUCAAAGUCAUCAUAAGAUGUCGGCCAAUGAAUCAAAAAGAAGUUGGCCAAGGUUUUGAAAGGGUGGUUGAAAUGGACUCUAAAAGAGGUCACAUCUCAUUGAAGAAUCCUCAGAAGCUUGGAGAACCGCCAAAGGAGUUCACAUUUGAUGCCAUCUAUGACUGGAACUCAAUCCAGCGUGAUCUUUAUGAGGAAAGUUUUCGUAGUCUGGUUGAAUCUGUACUUGGAGGCUAUAAUGGCACAAUAUUUGCAUAUGGUCAAACAGGCACAGGAAAAACCUACACUAUGGAAGGUGUUCGGUCCGAUCCAGAACUACGUGGUGUUAUUCCAAACUCAUUUGAUCACAUAUUCAAACAUAUUGCCAGAACUCAUGACCAACAAUAUUUGGUCAGAGCUUCAUAUUUGGAAAUUUACCAGGAAGAAAUAAGGGAUUUACUGGCGAAAGAUCAGAAAAAACGUCUGGAGUUGAAAGAACGGCCCGAUACAGGCAUUUAUGUGAAGGAUUUACAAUCAUUUGUUUGCAAAAGUGUGAAGGAAAUCGAACAUGUGAUGAGCGUUGGUAAUCAGAACAGAGCUGUGGGAGCGACCAACAUGAACGAACAUUCUUCAAGAUCACACGCAAUCUUUAUUAUAACUAUCGAAUGCAGCGAGGAAGGACCUGAUGGUGAAUGCCAUAUUCGCGUCGGGAAACUGAAUUUGGUUGACUUGGCUGGCAGUGAAAGACAGGCCAAGACCGGAGCUGCGGGUACACGACUGAAAGAAGCGACAAAGAUCAAUCUUUCGCUGUCUGCUUUGGGAAAUGUCAUUUCGGCUUUGGUUGAUGGCAAGAGCACACACAUUCCAUACCGUGACUCCAAACUCACCCGCUUGUUACAAGAUUCUCUUGGAGGAAACGCCAAAACAGUUAUGGUUGCCAACAUGGGUCCAGCAAGUUACAAUUAUGAGGAGACCUUAACCACACUGAGAUAUGCCAAUCGAGCAAAGAACAUCAAGAACAAGCCCAAAAUUAACGAAGAUCCAAAGGACGCCUUGCUUCGAGAAUUUCAAGAAGAGAUUGCACGGUUAAAGAAUGAACUACAAAAACGUGGGCCAGGCGGAAAGGGGGGUGGUAAAAAACGAGGUGGUGGUGGAACUGGUGGCAGCGGUGGAGAGGGUGAUGAUGACGAUGAUGAAGAAAACGAAGAAGAUAUGAUGAAGAAAGCUCAAAAUCAGCUGGAAGAAGAGAAGAAAGCUUUGUUAGAAAACCACAGCUUAAUGGCAGAGGAAAGAGAAAAAUUGAUGAACCAAAUUCAGAAGAAAUCAGAACAGCUCAAGAAACGACAAGAUGAGCAAGCCGCUCUGAACGCUAAGAUAAAGAUGAUGGAAAGCAAACUACUCGUUGGCGGGAAAAGUAUUGUUGACAAAACAAGCGAACAAGAAAGAGCAUUAGAGGAACGAAGAAGAGAAUUGGCUGAGCAGCGGGCUCGAGAACGAGAAAUGCUGCAGCAAUUGGAGGAGAAAGAUGGCGAAUCAUUGCAAAUGAACAAAACACAUUCAUCACUGCAAGAAGAAGUCGAUAUUAAAACCAAGAAAUUAAAGAAGGUCUAUGGCAAACUACAGCAAGUCAAAGCAGAGAUCACUGACCUGCAAGAGGAAUACGUCACACAACGACAACAACUUGAACAGCAACAAGAAGACCUCGACCGGGAUUUAAAAUUCAAAUUGCUACUUCUGGAGAACUUCAUGCCCCCGGAGGAGCGGGAAAAGAUAUCCAAGAGAUGCAUUUAUGACGAGGAGAAUGACCAAUGGAAAUUAAAACCAAUCGCAGAGAAUAAAACGGAAACAAUGACCAAGAGGCCUGUAUCUGCGAUCGGAAAUCGCCGAGCGAUCUCGGAAUACGCUCGUGUGGCGGCAGCACUUGGUGGUAACCCGCGUUAUAAGGCGGAGAACAUAAUUCAGAUCGAACUAGACCUGCCAAACAGGACAACGAAGGAUUACGAGGGACCUGCGGUAGCACCCAGGGUGCAAGCAGCGUUAGAUGCAGCUCUUCAAGAUGAGGAGGACAUCACGUUAGAUGCUAAUGCGCUUCUCAGUAGGACAAAUGUAAAAUCGAAACGAAAAGACAAACAAAAAACGAGGAGCAGAAGCAAGAGACCCGAGACGGUAGAUUCUCCAGAGUCUUCUCAGAGCGAGAUGUUUCCUAAAGCUCGUGGGCUGGUAUCGAAACAACAGCGAUACUAAACAGAUACGAAUUUUAAUUAUUUAUUUAAAUCAGAAUUAUAAUGUACAGUUUAUAAUUACUUCCAAGAUCUUAAUUUAUUGCCCUAUUGAAAAUAGUGUUUUAUAAAAGGUAUUAAUAAGGAAUUCAGGACUGCUAGCACAAUGCUUGUUAAACUGUUUGAAUUGAAACUGGUGCGGCGUUAUGUUCUAAUUAAA